ACGAAAAGCUGGAGGGAGAAGAAAGCUGAAGAAAGACACGGUCACUUGAAACCCGACUUGAAACCGUAUGAAGGCUAUUGAGGCUUUUGCACUUUUUGCAGGGGCAUUGCCAACGAAUCGACCCCACCAUCUCAGUUUCACCCAGAGUUUCACCUCCGGGUUUCUGUGGACCUUGCAAUCAGAUUCGCAAACGUUCCAGCCGCCAACACAUCAUCAGUACAGUACGAAACCAUCAUCAGUACAGUAUGUAUGUAGGUGUUUCAAAGCCCCAAUUACAGUCCCACCCCGGUCCAUCCGCUCGCCCCUCUCAUCCAGUCCGCCUUCAAAUGACAGCCGGAAAACACUCCUAACCCCAUCCAGAUUCCCCCGUCGAAAUCCCAAACAUGAUUCGGUCCUCCAUAACCUCAGCGUUAUUCCUAACAACCCUGGGUGUCUUGAACCUCUGGGACCCAACCAUCUACAUUUCAAUGUACGAUAUCUACCUGGAAAGAGGAAAUAUCGCCGGCAAAUCCGAAAUCCGCGCCGCACUCGGCGGCCUCCUUAUCGGUCUCGGGUUCGCACUGUACAAGGCGCAGACGUGGGAUCGGGUUCGCGACGGGGUGGUGUAUACUGUGAUGUGUGUCGCGCUCGGGUCGGUGAUGGGAAGGCUUUUGAAUGUGGUGGUUGAGGGGGAGGUCGGCGGCUGGGUGAAUGUUUUGGCGACGGUGUUUGAAGUUUACACUGCCCGGGGGUUGUAUCUGGAGUUUAUACGGACAGGGUGAAAACAGGAAUAACCUCAAGCACCAAUCCCCCAAUCGUUCGUAGACUAUUCCUCAAAGGUUUUCACAUCCCAUCGGUCGAAAACGACUUCUGUCACCCUUCACAUCAGAUGGGCCUGACGAAACGCUCGAUCAGCAUUGAACUCCACCUGUAACUCUGAUUGAUAUCAGAUUAAGGGUGAUGGAUGCGGACUUCGAAAGUCAAUAGUAGCAGAAGCAUGAGCAGUUUGGCACGGUCAAUCUUAAGAGAAUAACAAUCGAUCUCAUCUCGUUC